AUGGCGAUGAGGUCGCCGGAGCCUCCGGCACCACCGGAGGAGGGCAAGCCACCCGAUGGGUCAGCGGGGAGUAGGCGUGCCUAUGAAGUCUUCUCUUCCCCGGAUGGUAAGAAGGAUCAAGAGAUCCAACAACCAAAGAAGAAGGUGAGACCGUUGGAGUUUCCUGAGGAGAAGGACAUGAACUUCGAAGUUGUUGUUGAAGAUAUUACCGAGGAAGAGCUUGGGACGAACUGCGAUCAGACCCACCAUAUAGCCUCGACCUUGGUUUGGAUUCGCUUACCUGACUUGCCGAUUGAACUCUUCAACCCAAGAGCAGUCAUGCGUAUAGCUGCACGAGCAGGAACCCCAGUGAGAGUUGAUAGAGCCACAGAGCUGGGUGCGAGAGGUGUCUAUGCUAGGGCCUGCAUAGAGGUUGAUCUAAUGAAACCUCUUCUUUCUAAGUACAAGGUGGGCGGGGUGGAGUAUGAGAUCAAUUAUGAAGGCCUGGAUAAUGUCUGCUUUGAAUGU